CGGUACAUGUUGGACUGCUUCUAGCUGGGUUGACGCAGCUCACUAACAGCUGCCCCCGUUGCUAGACGACUCAAUGUGUAACACUGAUGUGAAAACAGAAACCUCUACAUGGAAAGAAAACAGCAUUUGAACGGAUUUGAGGAAGAUAUGGUCCACAGUGUGUACCACCGGCUCAGUGCGCGGAGAAACCGCAGUGUAAAGGUGCACGAACAUCGGAGUUGUAGUUUAGCUAACGUCUCUUUUGUUGCCCCAUGUUUGUACCACCAACGUUAGCAAGAGAGGAGACCCGGAAAACAAUGAGAGGAUUCACGCACACACGGAGGACAUCACGUUUCUAUACUUAAUGUAACUGUUUGUUUACCAGCUAUGUUUACUGCGACUGCUAAGAUGUCUCUGGAGGCGAGUGAUGUUCAAAGUGAUGAAGACUGCGAGGAGCUGGUCGAAGAUGGCUUUUCUUUCUCUGCUGAUUUUUUGGAAAAGAGAACAAGGGGGAAGAGAUCUUCAAGCAAGCCUCCACCUUCUCCACGUUCUCCAUACCUCUCCAGCAUGAAUGUGAACCCCAGAAGAGCAGCAGUGGCGGCCUGGAGACUGCCGAGGGCCUCCCUUGGUGACACCAGAGGGGACACUCCUGGGGAGAGUGGCUCAGCUCGCCUCACAUCCCUCAGCAACGGCCAUGAUGUGUCCCAGACGCUGAGAUCAGAGUGUGAUGUCACACCAGAGCUUCUCAAACAGACGUUGAGCAUGAAGAAACACAAACAACUCGUCUCUGGAUCCAACGGCAUCACCCUCAGCACAGGUGACUACAGAGACAAGGAGGACAUGUACGAUGAGAUUAUUCGCCUCAAGAAGAGUCUCCAGGCACAGAAGUCUGAUCACCAGCAAAUGAAAGCAAAACUACGCCGCCUGGAGGAAGAUAACGCCAAAAGAGAGAAACAGAUCGAAGAACUGUUGGAUCCCACUAAAGGAUCUGAAUAUACUCGUAGUUUGGUGGAUAAGAAGAAAGAAGGCAGUGUGGUUCUCAAUGGGCUGAAACAGAGAAUCCUGAAGCUGGAGCAGCAGUGCAGGGAGAAAGAAAACGCCCUGAGUAAACUACAAAGUGAGCUGAGGACCACCAACCUGGAGGAGCUGAAGAUCACAGUAGAGACAUACUUUGACGAGAUCCAGAGGCUGAGAAUGCUUCUAGAAGCUGCAGAGAAAAGUAGUCGAGCAGAGAGUAAAGGUUCCCAGAGGCAGCAGAAAGUUUUAAGCUCCACGGUUCAUCGUCUGUCUGAGAACCUGAAGCAGCUCCAAGAGCAGAACACGGCGCUCAGGGAGGAGCUCAACACUGACAAUCCUGCAGGAGGAAUCAAAGGUUACAGAGAGUGGAGUAAACAGAGACUGUUGAGAAGGCUGCUGGAGGUGGAGAAGAGGCUGGAGGACAGCAGAAGACGCGCCCAGUCAGCAGAGCAGAGCGGCCGAUUGGAGAAGGAGGUCCAGGCCACACCCGUGGAAAGUCUGGGGUUUGCCAUAGCAACAGAGGCAGUGGUCUCCGUGGGAACGAGCACUGAGGCAUGGGAGGAGGCUUCUGAUGUGAGCGAGCGCCUCGGCCAAUCGGAGAAGGAGAGGGUGGAGCUUCAAGAGACGCUGUCAAGUGCACAUGAUGAAUUAAGACAGUUAAGGACAGAAAGAGAAGAAUUGGAGACGGAGACGGAACGAUGGAAAGCUGAGCAGACUAAUGAACGUGACAAAGAGAGACAGCAGCAUAAACAGGAGUGGGACCAGUUGUGGACGAGGAUCCAAACUCUGGAAGACGAAUGUAAACCUGCACAAGCUGAGCUCCCCUCUCUCUCUGCCGCAUCGCCAGAAGAGGGAGGAGAGAGGGACACUGGAGGUAAAGCAGAGAAGGAGGGGGAAGGAGAUGCAGAGAACAAACAAAGAGAGAAAGCGACGUUGGUCAUCCAGACAAACUGGAGGGAGCACAGAAACAGAGACAUUGUGUUGUUGCAGUCAGCAUUAAGAGGUCAUCUCCUCAGAGAGUCACAGCUCAAGGACCUGCUGAAAAACACACAGAAUAAGGAUGUAGAAGGAACAAACCGCAGCGACGUCGCAUCCUCCGUAGAAGGAGAGCUGGAUGUGGUUGCCUUGACGAUGGUCCAGUCUGCGUUCAGGGGACACCUGGCUCGCUGUAGUCACGCAAUAGAGAGCUCGAGAGUCUCUGUGCCUUCUCCGAUGGGAAACACGCUGGUACCAAGGAGAGCUCGCUCAACACACACACCCAGCAGCACAGGCGCUGCAUCCCCCCAUAAAGACGAAGAAAAGCAUGACGAGGGAGAAGAGCCCUGGCUCGUCUCUAGCACUCAGUCCUCCAGGAUGACGCCCACAACAGAGCUUCAUUGCACAGCUGAGUCUGGAGGAGCCGCUGCAGUUGAUUCUGACGAUUCUGAUGACAUCAUCGUAUCUCCUUCACGUCCUCUGAGAAGCAGAGAAGUCUUAAUGUUAUAGACUUUCUGGGUUGUGUGUUUGUGUGUGAGAGAGAGAGAGAGAGUGUGUGUGUGUGUGUGUGUGCAGGAAGAAUUUCUGCCUGUAUGUCAGAGACUUGCACAGUCAUACAGCAGCAAAUCUUUGUGGUUUGGGUUCUUACUGAACACGCAGACGGUAGUUGGAAUAUUCCAACGUUAGUAAGGAUAACAUUCAUACACGAUGGCUGUGUCAGAAAUCACUCAGUACUCACUAUGUAUCAGAAUGUAUCGUGAGAAUUAGUAUACCCUAGUGGACUCAAAGUAUCCCACAAUGCAUCGUGAAAAGUAGAUAUACAUCCAUGUGUACAACCAUUCUUCACUAACAAAGCACUACCAGCAUGCAUUGCGCUGAAGGAAUCAUGGCGGAGGGAAGAGAGAUAGAGAGCAGCGCGUAUCCAUGGAGUUGUAGCGCAAACAUUUUUAAGAAGAGCAGCGCAUCACAAAACAAACGCACUCACCAAAGUACUUUGUAUUUAUUCAUUUGGGAAAAGUAUAAACUAUAAUAUCAUGUGUUUUUCACAAACGCAUGGAGGUAUUUAUUAUGGAUGGUUUCACCAGCCGACGCUGAUCUGGCACGUUUUAAUUGUGCGACUGGAAUGACGUAAUUAACGGCAGAGAAAGUGACCGCGGUAUGAAGCUGUGCACAUGGGAGAGGUUAGGCUGCCAGAGAUCUCCUCAUGUUAACACAACUCCAUCAUGGCUUGGGUUCAAAGAGAUCCUUUGUUGUUGGCAGAAAGCCCUGAAGACUAACUUCUCCCACGUGCGAGUCGUCUCCAAAAGUGGAUUCUCCUUUUGCCCAUGAGCUCAUGAUAUAGUCCUCUACAUAGAACUCCCUAUGAAUGAGUGAAUGAUUUCGGACACAGCCAACAUGUGCUGUCUGCAAAGAGCGUUUCCUCUCUACAGUAAUAACCAGGAUAUUCUGGGGCGUCGGGGGCAGGUUUAUGACAUGAAGUUACGAGGCACUUAAACGCCUCACGUUGAUCUUAUUUAUAAUCCUGUCCUGGACAAUAUGUUGAUGCAUCCCAGUGUUGACAUGAGGUUAUAGGAUAUUCUCUUAAAUAUCAUCCCCCUUUAAUGUUUGUGCUUUAUCAUUUCAGCCAAAUAGCUUUUAUUCAGUAGUCUUGUUUUCUCAAUAGUUGUUUUGUUUACCAAAGUGCCUGCUGCAUGGUUAUUCAAAGUUAGACUACGGUAAUAAAUGUAUUAAUUGAUCUUAACCUGGCUGGCUUAAGGGAGCCACGUCCCUGUAAACUCCUCUGGAUUUCACAGGCUUUAAAUAAUUAAUACAUCUUCUUUUAACAUGCCUGAUUUGUAACACACAAACGUACACUACACUAAUCUAUCAUGUGCGCUUAAUAAAUAAUGGCUGAUUCUGAGGUAUGAUUGAGGGAUGACGCUCAACUACUGCACUAUUGAGUCAAACUGUGAAUAAAUUAUAGAUCAGUCUGCUGCAAUACGAAACACACAGUCAGUACAGUGGGGGAUACACAGGGAGUAUGUCUAAUGCCAAUCAUGUUUGUGCUCUGAAAUAGACAAAUGAUGACCUAUAAGGUGGUCAACAGAGAGAAUGUGCAGUUUCCCCACAUGAUGUGUGUAACUUAACUUCUGAGACAUUUAAUAAAAUGCUGUUUUUAUAGUGAAA